AUGGAGAGCCUCCAGCUUUCCCAGGUCCUCGCCGAUCUGAGUAACCUCGGCGCAGCUGAACCUCAAGCUGCUGCCGCCAUCGUCAAUGCCAACGUCCCCAUCGUUCGACCCGAACCCGUCAAUGAAUCUUCCACCUCAACCCCUCAGCAACAGCAGCCGCCGCGCGCUCCAGCCAUGCGUCGUCACUGGUCCAACGAGCAGGCCGGUCUGCCCAAGUUUGACAAGCUCGGCCGCCGUAUUCUCGUCAGCUCUCCCAACCUCUCGCGCCCCUCGUCCAACACAAACUCGAUUCCCGGCACCCCUCGCGGUGGCGGCUCCGAUGUCGAUGACGAUCUGGAGCGCGCUUCUACCCUCAUGGCGCUCUACGACAUCCGCGCCAAGAUUAAGCAACAGGACAAUAGCAGCCUGCUCAAGGCCCGCGAAAAGAUCAACGCCCUUGCCGCUAAGCAGCAGGCCCAGCAGGCUGCCGAACGAAAUGCCAAGGCCGCCGAAGAGGCCCGUCGGAACAGAUACUCGUUCCCUCGCAGCGGCCUCUAA